GUCGGCGGCGGCGCUUCUGCUGUGCCUGCUGGGUUGCAACGUGUGGAAGGCGGUGACCAAAACCUUAGGAGCGCCCGAGGCCGCUCAAGGAAUGUUCCCCUUCUCCCCAGGCUUCUUUCUACAUCUUUCAGAAAGGGGACCAUCUCAAAAGCGACUGAUCUCCUGGGGCUUAUAGUUAUGUUAAAAUGCAGCAAGCUAGAUUUUUUUAAAGUGGUGAAUAAUUACCUAUGCAGGAUUGACUGCAAAGUAGCUGGUAAUGAAACCAUCAAGCGUAUUUGGAAGAGAAUAAAGACCUUUUCAGCAUGAUAACGUACUUACGGUGCUGCCUUUGCAUAAAUGAAGUGACUCUGAAGGUCCACGUAAGUGAUGCCAGCACACAUCAGCCAGUCACCGAAGCCUUUAUUGAGAUUUUUACCAACCAGAUUCCCAUUGCCUCUGGAACCUCAGGAGCAGAUGGCACUGCCUUCAUCAAGUUUCAGUAUAAGCUGGGCAGUCAGCUGAUCGUUACUGCAACUAAGCACGCUUAUGUGCCAAACUCUGCGCCAUGGAAACCGAUAAGAUUGCCUGUGUUUUCUUCUCUAAGCCUUGGCCUUCUUCCUGAACGCUCAGCUACUCUAAUGGUAUAUGAAGAUGUUGUACAGAUAGUCUCAGGAUUUCAAGGUGCACGGAUCCAGCCCAAAGUUCAUUUUCAAAGGAGAGCCUUGAAGCUGCCAGAAAAUACCAGCUAUAGUGACCUCACAGCAUUUCUUACUUCAGCUAGUUCACCUUGGGAGGUGGAUAGCUUUCCUUAUUUACAAGGAUAUGAUGGCAAUGGAACUGGAAAUAACACUAGGUAUGAUCUUACUCCUGUCACUGCAGUUAGUGUUCACUUACUCAGAAGCGAUGGGACUCCAGUUCCAGUGAAUGGACCCAUCUAUGUAACAGUGCCUCUCCCAACGACCAACAACUUGAAGCACAGUACCCAUGUGCCCGCUUGGAGGUUUGACCAAAAAUUUGGAACAUGGUUGAAAAGCAGUCUGGGCAUCGUAGAACAAGAAGGAAAUGAGAUGACCUGGACAUAUAUUGCCCCACAGCUAGGAUACUGGGUUGCAGCCAUGUCCCCCACGAAUCCAGGUCCUGUUGUAACCCACGACAUAAGCACUUACCACACAGUGUUUCUUUUGGCCAUUCUAGGAGGGAUGUCUCUGAUACUUCUUGUUUUAUUGUGUCUCCUUUUGUACUAUUGCAGGAGAAAGUGUUUGAAACCACGUCAUAAGAAACUGCAGUUGUCCUCAACGCUUAAUGGUUCAAAGAAGGAUCAAUCAACCUCUAUGUCCCAUCUUAAUUUGAUAUUUUCACGACGAGAGUCAGAAUUUCCUGGAGGGUUGUCAGUUGCCAGCAACGGGCACACAGAAUCCUCAGGCCAGAAGGAGCUGAUGGGGGCUGUCCGCAUGGAGAAAGUAUGUUCAGGUGGAGAAGCAGAUAUGCGCACUCCCAUGCUCAAACAUACAUACAGCACCUCACAGGAAUUUAGUUCCCGAGAAGAAUUGCUUUCCCAUAAGGAGAAGGAUCAGAGCCGUAUGUCUCUAGAGAACAUGGCCUCUAGUGACACUCUGCGAAAAGACUACCUUAAAUCAGUAGAUAGUUUUCCUGGAAACCCUAGGAAAUCUAUGGAAACAUCAGAAGGAUAUGACUCCCCGGACAAGGAAGAUCACAGGCGAAGUUACAGUGCAAUGUUGACACGACCUUUAUUUGAAAAGCAAGAGCAGGCGUCUAUGAAUCAUAUUUGUACAGGUAAUAAAUAUAAUAUUCAGGAGCAACUGUACCCCAUCCCUUCAGCACCCGAAACAGAACUGCUAGACUGCAGGCCCACUGAAUGUAUGAUGUCUCGCUCUGUUGACCAUCUUGAGAGACCCACUUCUUUCCCUCGGCCAGGUCAGCUGGUCUGCUGUAAUUCUGUUGAUCAGGUUAAUGACAGUGUUUACAGAAAAGUAUUGCCUACACUGGUCAUUCCAGGCCAUUAUAUGAAGCUUCCUGGGGAGCAUCCUUACAUUAGCCAACCUUUGGUUGUUCCCACCGAUCAGCAAAUUGACAUAGAAAGACUCCAGGCAGAACUGUCAAGCCCUCAUUCACAGCUUUUCCCACACUCCCAGCAACAGAUGCAGCCCCAACAGUUGGCUGCUCAAGCAAUAUCUCAACAACAUUUGCAGGAAGCUGGUGCAAGCGAAUGGAGCGCACAGAAUGUUUCUAUGUCCGAAUCGGUUUCCAUUCCAGCAUCACUCAACAACUCCUCUUUGGCACAAAUGAAUAGUGAAGUGCAGCUUCUUACAGAGAAAGCUCUAAUGGAAUUAGGAGGAGGCAAGCCUUUACCUCAUCCUCGGGCAUGGUUUGUUUCUCUAGACGGGCGUUCCAAUGCUCACGUUAGACAUUCGUACAUUGAUCUUCAAAGAGCUGGGAGAAAUGGAAGCAACGAUGCCAGCUUGGAUUCUGGGGUUGACAUGAAUGAGCCAAAAUCUGCCCGAAAGGGAAGGGGAGAUCAUUUGUCUCUGCACCAAACCCACCAGCAAGUUCAGGUACAUCCGCAAAAAGAGCAGAAGGUCCCAGACAGCACAGCUUACACACAGCUUGUAUAUUUGGAUGAUAUGGACCAAAGUGGCAGUGAAUGUGGAACUGCUGUUUGCAGCCCAGAAGACAGUACUCUAAGAUGUCUGUUGGACACAGGAAGCAGAAGGACAGCGGGCCAGUUGCCUAGCCUGCAGGAAGAAACGCUAAAAAGAACUGUGGAAAGUUCACCAGAGCCUUUAACAAGUCCAGAGCAUGGAACAACUGUCCAUAAUGAAGCUGAAGAUGAUGAAGAUGACGACGACGAUGAUGAUGAUGAUGACCAAGGUGAAGAUAAAAAGAGUCCUUGGCAAAAGAGAGAGGAAAGACCACUAAUGGCUUUCAAUCUAAAAUGAGCUGCAGUACAUUCAUCUCUUCCCCCUCGCAGGAAUAUAAAAUUGCCAAAUAUUUUGUCGGCAGAUGUUCUCAGUUUGUCUGUAGAGGGGAUGGGGGGAGGAAAAAAGGAGAGGGGGGAGAAGUAUUCCUCCGGUGGGACAACAGAGAAAGUACACUCAAAGAAUUACUGUGCAAAUUCAUAUAGUUGCUCUGAAAAAGCUACACAAGGAACACUUCCUAUUAGAGAGCUUGUAAGAGCAUGACUAUGAUUCCAUUUACUUGACAUCAGCCAUCAAGGACAUUUGAACAGGUUGGCAUGUGGUAUGGCAGAUUAUGACCUCAGAUUCCCCUGGAAAGGGAUCUAUGUGAAACUUCGUUAUGUUUUCUUAAUUCACUUGUAUCAUGAUGAUGCUACUGAAAGGGUAUCUUUUGUUAAAGUUCAACACUUGACGUCUACCGAUAUGCAUUAUCUUAAAGGAAGGCUAUGCAUUGCUGCUUUUUAGUAACCUUUUUUGCUUAUAAACUAUGCUUUUCUUACAAGGUAGUCAUAAAACGUUUUAUGUCCUUAUGAUAGUCUGCUCAGCAACUGAAUUUUAUCUACACAAAGCCUGAGUAGAACUUCUUGGUAUUUUGAAGAGCCUUUUUUUUUAUUAAGCCAAACUGAAUUUUAAAGUCAGCUGCAAUUCUUCUGGUUCCAGUCCCCACUCCAAGUGCCUUUUUUACAGGAACAAUGAACAGCCCCUUCUUUUUGCUAGCGCCUUGAUUAUUCAGAUUUUUUUUUUAAGGAAAUUUUUUUGUGAAGCUUUACUUUUUCUUUAACCUGCAUGCCAUCAAUUGUCCUGCUGAAGUACUCCUCAUUUCACUGCAGUAUCUUCUCUAGUUAUGGUGUGUAUUGUGGAUUCUGUUUAGCAAAGAUAGACUAGAGGACAUCUUUGGAAAAACAAAACAAAACCCCAAAGUAGCUAAGAAGAUAGUUUCACUGACUGUAUAUAUGGUGUAUAUAGGCUCAUGUAAUGUGGAAUAUGGACCAAGCAAGUGGACUGAAUGUGUGUUUUAGAAAGGUCAGACAAAGGUUAUUAUGUACUAUCCAAAAGUGCCAGAUAAACACUUCUGUGCUUUCUCUAUAAAGCUGCUUGGCUAUCCAAAAAUUAUAAUUGAAAAAUAAACUUUUUAAAAAUUGAGGAAUUUUUAAAAAAAUCAUAUUUCAAGUUGCAGCAUUAUUAUUUAGUAGGUUUAAAAUAAUUUGCACUGUACCAAGUGGUUACUGAGGUUGAUUGGUCUGAAUCCUACUGCUUAAUACUCAUAGAAUCAUGGGCAUCCCCAUUGGUUCAUCUAGAAGGCAGCCUGAGGGGAGGGACAGUGCCAUCCACCUGACCUGUCAGCCAUUGUAGCGGAAAUCAUCAGGGGACAACCUCUUAGCAAAUAAUGAAACACAAGAGUCCACUGACAAUGAGUCAGGGACAAGAUUACACCUUCAGAGCAGAAGGCCAAAUGUGGUACAGCCAUAUAAAUCCUGUACAUUUUCCCAAGGGCAACUUUAAUACCUGUACUUUCUUUGAGAGAAAAUUCAAGACAAUUUAAAUUAACAUUGCCAGCUGUUUUAAAGGGCUUCCUAAAUUAGGAGCAAAUAUGAGUAUAUCAUUAAAGAACAUAAUCAUUCUUGUGGGUUUCAUAGAUGUAAUGCAAUUUGCUUUGUAUAUUUUGUUCUUCUGAUAAUGUUGACAACAAAUAUUAAGAAAGUUACGCAUCCAGAAAUUUCUUGAGACCUUUGGCAAUGCUUGUAUUAUACUUAUAUUUAAUGUUUUUUGCUAUAUUUCAAGGUCAGAGGUGAUCUAUUACAGCACUGGGGAUCCAUAAUGGAUGUUUUGCAGUGCAUUAAAUAAGAACGCAAGAAGAUCCCUGCUGGAUUAGACAAAAGGCUCAUCUAGUCCAACAUCCUGUUCUCCUGAUGGCCACCCAGAUGCCUAGGGGGAGCUCACAAGCAUAUUUGAAAAUACAGCAUUCCUCUAAAAUGACUAAAAGAUUUUGAUAUGGUCAUUGUAUUUAGCAGAGAAGAGGUUCUCAGGCUUUAGUUACCCAUCCAAAACCUGUGCUUCCAUAUGCACAACUGGCAAACCAUGAUUUAGGGCUGCUUGUCUGACUGCUUAUGGUCCCCAUGUGCUCAGCAUUCAGUUUCAUAAAUUCAUAAGUUUGCUCCCACAUCCAUGGUCCAAUAGACUUUUAAAGAUGGAACAAUGGUCUUUCUUAACCGGUUUGCCAAUGGUCUGUAAAUUCAGAUAUAAUGGCAAACCACAGUUAAUACAAAUGGUGGCUUACAAACCAGCUUCAAACUGUUGUAGAUCCUGGUAUGUUGGUCCCAAAUAGACCACAGUUUAUGGGCAGGCUUAAUGUGAAAACAUGUUUUUGUAUCUCAUCUGAACUCAGCCUUUGAGCAAGAGGAAUCUUAUAAUCCUUCCAUUAGUACUGGGACUGAUGUUUUAGCUAGCUUAGCUUGUCCAGUUCUGAGGGAACGUAAAGAAAGAGAGGAAUAUUGGAGUCUGUUGCAUCCACAGAGUGUUCCAUGGAAACAACCCUUACAAAAAUGGGUUUCCCGUCAGCUAAAGUACAGUCAAAACCCAUGUACUGCACUGAAUUGAUUGUAGUAAGCCAAAACAUACAGACUGGAUCUGGAAUAGUCAAACAGGAGUUUUCACUGAACAUUGAUUACUUGUUUAAUGGAUCAGCACCAAAGACGAAAAGUUUGAGAUGCUUAUGCUCUUCUCCAAAAAACAUGAACCAGCAGUGUAUGAAAGAAGCAAGCCAUCAAAUGUAUUGAAAAAACUGGUGUGUAGAUUAGAUUAAAAUCAUUAUUGAAUACCAAGUUCUAUUUUUUUAGUAAC